UAUAUCAAUAAUGUCACGUUUGAAAGUCCAGACAUACAAGAUAGCCAACCCAUUAUUAGAUAGGACUUUGAACUGAUGCUGGAAUGAAUGCAGAUCUAAAAACGGUGAUCUGACUUUUCAAAAUCGAAAAACAAAUGGAUGCCGGAAAGAAAGGAAGGGUCAAAUUUGCCGACCAGAAAGUCAAGAAAAAAGCUAAAUCGGCCUCAGACAGACGAAAUUCGUCCAAAUUAGUUUCGGUUCAGAAUAGUUCGGACGGACGUGUGGACGAACGGACAGAUUCAAACAAAACUCGAACCGAACAAUACAAAGAGGACACUAGUAGUGAGUUGAAUCGUAUUGAUAGGACACAAAUAGAUUUGGACAGGACGGAAAGUGGUCAAGAAGAGUUAGUUCCGGAUAAAUCAGACACAACCUUCUCGGACUUGAACGUUCCGGUCAACAGUGAAAAUCCUGACAAAAAUGACUACCGAACUGAGAAUGGCCGGACAAAUCCUGCCAAAGUCACGACGGACGAAACUGAACGGACGAAGGUACCCGAAGCUACGACGGACGAAACUGGACGGACGAAGGUACCCCAUGUCACGACGGACGAAACUGGACGGACGAAGAUACCCCAUGUCACGACGGACGAAACUGGACGGAUAAAGAUACCAAAAAGAGCACAAUCAGCGACAAGCGAAGGAAGCAAUGUCGACGAUGUUGGCGCUGAAAUAAUCACUUUAAAUAUCGGAGGAUUUAAACACCAAACAAAAAUAGAAACCAUUUCUCAAUUCCCAAGUACCAGACUCGCUAAAUUGGCCGAUUCGGCUAGACUGACUGGAAAACGGGAAUAUUUCUUUGACAGGCACCCAACUUUAUUUGGAUACAUUUUGAAUUUCUACAGAGUAGGGAAAUUACACGUGCCGAUUAGUCUGUGUGGACCCCUUUUAAGGGAGGAACUCGAUUUUUGGGAAAUUGACGAUAAGGAUAUUGAGCAAUGUUGCUGGGUUCAUUACAUCAGUUUCGAGGACACGCUUGAUAUGAUAGAGAAAUUUGAACAAGAUGACAAGCGCACGAAGAACUCAGCACGAAAUGUUGGACCCAAUGAUCCUUGUUGGUAUCGUCAUAGACCGAAAGUAUGGAGGGCUCUACAAGAUCCUUAUUCAUCUAAAGGGGCCACGAUGUAUGCCGUUACUUCUCUGCUCGUUGUACUCUUGUCAAUUUCCGUCUUCAUCCUUGAGACGCUUCCUUACUUUGAGGCACUCACCGUCCAUGCCACGAGCGCACGUUCCAACAUCACGAGCGAAAUGCUACGUCAGGAGUUGGAUAUAUUCUAUGACAUCACACCAUACGAUACCUUGCUGAUAAUUGACAACUCCUGUAAUGUUUUCUUCUUCACAGAGUUUUUGGUGAAGCUUCUAACUGCACCAUCAAAGAAGGAGUUUCUCACUACGCCAUUAACUAUCAUAGAAACCAUUUGUAUUGUCCCGUACUACAUCGCAGUGGCUAUCGUCUUCCUCCACCCGGACCCCAUCACACUGUUCACAUUCAUACGAGUGCUCUUCGCAUUUCGCGUUCUUCGAAUAUUCAGGAUUUUUAUCUUGAUGAAGCAUUUCUUGGCUUUGAAAAUCCUGAUUUACACGAUCAAGGCGAGCACCAAAGAGUUGUUCCUGUUGCUUCUAGUCGUGAUCAUUGGAGUAGUCAUCUUUGCUUGCAUCGAAUAUUACAUGGAGAUUUUUUCAACAGAGGAAAGCGACUUCAAACACAUCCCCCUUGCCUUUUGGUGGGCUAUCGUCACCAUGACAACCGUUGGCUAUGGUGACAUGACGCCAAAAUCUGGACUUGGCUUUCUUGUUGGGUCCUUGUGUGCCAUUUCCGGUGUUCUUGUUAUUGCCCUGUCCGUUCCCGCCAUUGUCAACAAUUUUACUUUGUAUUACACACAUGCGCAGUCACGAGAAAAACUCAAACAACGGAAGAGGAAGUUUCAGAAAGAAAGAUGGAAUAAAUUGAUGUCUACUACUGUGUUCAAAAUAAAAUUCAAUAAAACAGAAGAUAAGGGACAUUCUGGGUUCAAGACAAUGAUGAACGGUUUGAUGCAAACUGGAGACAAAACACCGAAAAUUAAUUCUGUGACCCCUUUGAACAUGCCGGAUGUGGGUUCAGAACAACCAACCACUUCCGGUUUGGAUACAGAAAAUCCUUUGAAUGACAACGCUAUUUUCACAGCGGUGGAUGAUGCAAAUAACAGUCAGAAAAAACAAAAUCACAUCAAAGCGAAAGACGUAAAUGUGUCUUCAAACGAGGAGAGUCAGAUGGACGAUGUUGACUCUUCUGUGUCGGAGGUAAAACCACAAAUUGUCGAAUAGAGCCUUAACCAAAUUCUUAUUUUUGCCGCCGAGGUAGCUUCUUACAUUACUGUCCGAAGCGCUAGUCGUUUGCAUCAGAGGUAAAAAAAUGAAUACAGUAGCGUAUCUAUUUUUGACGUCACGAUGUCCAAAUUUCGAUAAUGACGUCAUAAUCAAUGUAGAAUUCCUUGACCAAAAAUACUGGCGGUAUAUGGGAUUUAUUUCGUCGACAAGGUAUGCGGGUUAUCCAAUAAAACCACGAGUCUAUUUGAGUCAGAGAUGUUGUGAAAUUGAACAGUAUGUUAAGGAAAUGCAGAAUAAAUGAACAACGUCUAUGGCACAUGUAAAAAUAGGAAAGGUAACGAGUUGAGAUACUUGUGACGUCAUACAUUUGAACGACCAUUGAAACUAUGUGCCACACCAAUUAUCAGUGUCACGCCUUAACUAGGACGUCACUAUAUUAGUUACGUCAUCAGCGUUCUCGUUUUUUCUCGGAACUUGCCGAGAAUCUCGGAUAGCAAGAAAACUAGUCAUCGGAAGGCUUACAUGUGAAUUAUAAGUCAUUGGCCAUAUCCAUGAAGAUUCAGCCCGCAUCCUAACACAUUCUUUAUGAUUCUUUUGAAUCUGGCAGAAUAGACCGAGAAUGUAAGAUUGUAGAAGUUAGAUUUUUUUUGGAAGAAAGACAUCACGAAAAAAUGCUGUUAUCUAUUAACCCUUUCACCCCUACUGACCAUAUUGGACUUCAAAUGAUAAAUGAAUGGCAGAGUCCACUCAAGUUUCAUAGGGUUGAAAGGGUUAAAGUAAAGUACCCUGUUUGUAAGGUUUUCAUUACAUUAGAGUUACCUCCCAUUUACCCCCCGCAUAGUUAUACUGUAAAUCACUUAGAUUUCGCAAAUACUUUAUUUCGCCGAACUUAUCUCUUCAGACAUAUUCGCGAAUCCAUAAUUUCGCGAAUCCUUGUCUAGAAAUUACUUUAAAUUCGCAAAUGAUGAGCUAUUAGAUUCAUGGACUCCACAAGACUCAUUUAGACGCAACCGAUAUUUCUUGGCCGCCAUCCAAGUGUUGUUUUCGUACGAUAAUAAUCGCGAAUGCUUUGAAUUCGCGAUUGACUUACCUCGCUUAUUAACGCGAAAAUAAAUCCCACGUGAAAUAUAAGUGAUUUACAGUAUACACCAAAGAAGUUCGUUAAAUCACCACUUUGAAAAGAAUGGACAAGAAAGACAGAAAGAAAGAAUGAUGAAAUGUGCUGUUUUUCCCAGUAGAAGCGAUUCAGUAAAACACAGAAUCGAACCUAGCUAAGCCUGUCAAUGUUUGCCUGCUAAAACAGUAUAAUCAGAAACCUUUUUAUUUUUUUAUUUUAUUUAAACCAACAUGUAUCUAUUCGCUUUUACUAGAUUCUAUCUAGAAUCAAACUCAGAAUUGCCAGAAACGCUUUCAUUACGUGAUUCUAUAAUUUUUCAAUUUCAUUUUUAUCAUUUAUUAAAUUUACUCUUUUGUU